AUGGAGUUAAUCAUUGAAAAUGCAACAAAGAUUGGUUCACGGAUUAAGGAGCUCUGGACUGAUAAAAAAUAUGGUCGAGAUGCUAAGCAUGUCUUACAAGUUUGUGACGAGGUUUACUCUAACGCAGUGGUUGAUACAAUACAAGCAAUUGAUGAAUUCAAAUCCAAGGAUUACUUUGUAGCUAGUACUUUAGUGGAUUCAGUGCAGACCGAUGCAACGACUUGUGAAGAUGAGUUCGAGGAGGCCGGCUUAAAAUCACCUCUAACAAUAGAGGACAAUUAUUUCUACCAAUUAACUUCUAUUGCAAUUACUAUUACUGAAAUUGUCCUUUGA